AUUGGGGGGGUGUAAGAUUCCGGCCUCACUUUUCCUUUCUUUUCUCUUACAGCUGGGAUGAGACGCACUUCGGAAAGAUGGCCUCUUACUACAUAAACCGCACGUUCUUCUUCGAUGUUCACCCCCCUCUGGGAAAGAUGCUGAUUGGUUUGGCUGGUCAUGUGACUGGUUAUAAUGGGUCGUUCUCCUUCCUGAAGCCCGGGCAGAGUUAUGACGGCCACGCUUAUGUUGGGAUGAGAGGGUUCUGCGCCCUCCUCGGCUCCUGUCUCCCCCCGUUGGUGUUCCUCACUGUCCUCCAGCUGGGGCAGUCGGUGGCGGUGGCGCUCCUCGCCGCUCUUCUGGUUCUUCUGGACACCGGCUGCAUCACCCUGUCGCAGUACAUCCUGCUGGACCCCAUCCUGAUGUUCUUCAUUAUGGGGGCUGUGCUGAGCAUGGUCAGGUUCCAGUCGUGUUCCAGCAGGCCGUUCAGCGCCUCCUGGUGGCUGUGGUUGGCUGUGACUGGAGUAAAUUUGGCUGGAGCCAUGGGAGUCAAGUUUGUCGGCCUUUUUGUGAUCCUGUUGGUGGGUGUGAGCACGGCCCGGGACCUGUGGGGGCUGCUGGGAGAUCUCAGCCUGACACUGGAUGUGAUUGUCCGCCACGUGGCCGCCCGGGUCCUCUGCCUCAUCCUGCUGCCCCUCGCCCUCUACGCCCUCAUGUUCCUUGUUCAUUUCUCUGUUCUUCAUAAGAGCGGCCCUGGUGAUGGCUUCUUCAGUUCAGCCUUCCAGUCUCGUCUGAUGGGGAACAACCUGCACAAUGCGUCCAUGCCGGAGCACCUGGCGUACGGCUCGGUAGUCACCCUGAAGAAUGUGCGCACAGCAUCCGGGUACCUGCACUCACACGGGCACCUGUACCCGGAAGGCGUGGGCGCCCGGCAGCAGCAGGUCACCACAUAUUCCCACAAAGAUGACAACAACCUGUGGCUUGUGAAGAGGCACGACGCGGAGUACGGUAAUGGCGGCGGGUCACGUGACUGCAGUCAUUCUGUUCCUGUCUCGUUGGAGGCGGCACCGCUUAUCAUGUUGUCGCUUCCAGACGCAGAGGCCCCGCUGGAGUUUGUGCAUCACGGAGACCUCGUCCGGCUGGAGCACAAAGCCACUGGCCGUAACCUGCAUAGCCAUCAGCGGGAGGCGCCACUUACAAAGAAGCACCUGCAGGUCACCACGUAUGGCGCGAACGGGACAGGCGACAGCAAUGACUUCUGGAGGAUUGAGGUGAGCGGCGGCAGAAAUACAGUGAAAGUCCUACGCAGCCAGAUACGCCUGCUGCACCUGUCAACGGGCUGCGUUCUUGGCUCAUCAGGGAAGACACUUCCGAAAUGGGGCUGGGAACAGGGUGAGGUGACGUGCAGCCCGUAUUUGCGCGAGAGCCCCAACACGCUCUGGAACAUGGAGGACCAUGAGAACGGCCGGCUCCCAAAAAUCUCAGUCUCCAUCCUGAAGCCGUCUUUCCUGGAGGCGCUGGUGGAGUCCCACAUUGUGAUGCUGCGGGCAAACAGUGGCCUGAAGCCCAAGGAGCACGAGGUGACAUCCAAGCCUUGGCACUGGCCAAUCAACUACCAGGGUCUCCGCUUCUCGGGUGUGAAUGCCACUGAUUUCCGGAUCUAUCUUUUGGGGAAUCCGGUGAUUUGGUGGCUGAACCUGGGUGGUCUCGCCCUCUAUGCGGUCCUGGCACUCUGUGCGGCUGUGUCCUUACGACGAGGCUUCUCUCUGCCCAGUCAGGUGACAGGGGUCUUCACCCGCCUCCUGGAUAGCGGGGGGCUGCUGCUGUCGGGGUGGCUGCUCCACUAUGUGCCUUUCUUAUUCAUGGGCAGAGUGUUGUAUUAUCACCACUACUUCCCGGCCAUGCUCUUCUCCAGCAUGCUGACCGCUGUCACGUUAUCGUCCUUUCUCCAGCUCUGCUCCGCUGUCCUCUGUCCGUCACACCAGCGAGCUGUGACCACCGCCGGGAUGAGCCUGCUGGCCGGGUCUCUUCUCUACAGCUUCUACCUCUUCCAUCCUCUGGCCUAUGGCAUGGUGGGACCUCUCGCUGAUGAACCGGACAGCCCCAUGGCAGGACUGCGCUGGAGGGACUCCUGGGACUUCUGAGGCCUCCGGGUGGAUGCAGUGGCUGGAAACACAUGUGGAGCGGACUGUGGUGCAGCAUGCAAUAAAUGCCUUUGAUCUUUA